UUCAACCACCCCAAACACAGUACACAAUAAACAAUAAACAAUACUUUAGAACGUUGAACCACCCAUUAAACAAAACACGAACACCAAAAGCCCCGGUAUAGUCAAUAGCUCCAUAUUCUGACCUUUUUCUCAUCUUCCAUCCAUGUCGACAAUUGCAGAGAACGAGCUCAAUACAGUGAAAAGAAGAAUUGCCUCUGUUGCCAACCAUCUCAUCCCGGUCCAUUCGGGUCCGACUUGCAGCUCAAUUGAGUUCUCCAAUGCGUCGAUGAACGACAGCUACCAUCGGAUUCACGGCGAUGUUGCUACUCACCCAGUUGUUUGGAGAAGUGCUUGUGAUGAGUCUGGGAAGGAAUUCACCGACAUUAUCUACGAGAAAGCUGUCGAUGAAGGAAUAGCGAAAAUAACGAUUAACAGGCCGGAUAGAAGGAAUGCAUUCCGGCCUCUGACAGUUAAGGAGCUACUUCGGGCAUUCAAUGAUGCUAGAGAUGAUAGUUCCAUUGGAGUCAUUAUUCUAACAGGAAAGGGAACCAAAGCGUUCUGUAGCGGUGGUGAUCAGGCUUUGAGGACUAAAGAUGGUUAUGCUGAUUAUGAAAAUUUUGGUCGUCUUAAUGUUUUAGAUCUUCAGGUACAGAUCCGCCGUCUACCGAAACCAGUUAUAGCGAUGGUAGCUGGUUAUGCUGUUGGAGGAGGACAUGUAUUACACAUGGUCUGUGAUCUGACUAUUGCAGCAGACAAUGCUAUUUUUGGGCAAACUGGUCCUAAGGUUGGAAGCUUUGACGCUGGUUACGGAAGUUCAAUCAUGUCCCGUUUGGUUGGGCCUAAAAGAGCACGUGAAAUGUGGUUUCUUGCAAGGUUUUAUACUGCUUCAGAGGCAGAGAAAAUGGGACUUGUCAAUACUGUUGUACCGCUAGAAAAUUUAGAGCAAGAAACAGUUAAAUGGUGUAGAGAGAUCCUAAGAAAUAGUCCCACUGCAAUUCGGGUGCUAAAAUCGGCUCUUAAUGCUGUUGAUGAUGGGCAUGCUGGACUCCAGGAACUUGGAGGAAACGCCACCCUCAUAUUUUAUGGCACCGAGGAAGGAAAUGAGGGGAAAACAGCUUAUGUUCAACAUAGACGUCCAGACUUCUCCAAAUUUCCCCGACGUCCUUAAUAUGGAAUGGUUUUAAUUUCCAUUGUUUUGCCACAAUAUCAUAAACUUGGUCAUUUUGGUAAUUGGAUUGGUAAAGAGGGAAAAAUGAAAAAAAUAAACAAAUAAAGGAUUGAUUUCCAUUUUGUAAUUUAGUUUUGAUUCAUCACCGUAUUCAGUUGUAAGGUCAUGUCAAAUAAAUUUUAGCCCCAUCCAAAUAAAUACUGCUUCUUUUGCAGUAAAGAAAGAAUAAGUGCCAAAUUGUUAUGAGA